UCGCUCCAGGGCUGGUCUUCUGCCACGCCCGCUCCUCCUCACAGGCCGCGCCCGCGGGUCCCCGGGGGAGCACCCUCGCACCCCCGCGGCGCGUGGGCCAGGCCGCCCCAUUGCGCAUGCUCGGCGCUGCGCGGGUGGGGAGAACGGUGCCGGGAGGCGGGCGCCGGGACUCGGGUCCCGCGGGGCUGAGGAGGCCUCAGCCUGACGCCGGCCACGCAGCGGCGGGAGAGCGAUCACCGGGGCGGCGGCGUCCUGGAGACCCCGGAGAGAUGGAAGCGGCGGCGGCGCCGGCGGCGGCCGAGGCGGCGAUGCACGAGGAGCUAGAUAUGGAUGUCAUGAGGCCCUUGAUAAAUGAGCAGAAUUUUGAUGGGACAUCAGAUGAAGAACAUGAACAAGAGCUCUUACCUGUCCAGAAGCAUUACCAACUUGAUGAUCAAGAGGGCAUUUCAUUUGUCCAAACUCUUAUGCAUCUACUUAAAGGAAAUAUUGGAACUGGCCUUUUAGGACUUCCAUUGGCAAUAAAAAAUGCAGGCAUAGUGCUUGGACCAAUCAGCCUUGUAUUUAUAGGAAUUAUUUCUGUUCACUGUAUGCACAUAUUGGUACGUUGCAGUCACUUUCUAUGUCAGAGGUUUAAAAAGCCAACAUUAGGUUAUAGUGACACUGUGAGUUUUGCUAUGGAAGUAAGUCCUUGGAAUUAUCUUCAGAAGCAAGCAGCAUGGGGACGGAGUGUGGUUGACUUUUUUCUGGUGGUAACACAGCUGGGAUUCUGUAGUGUUUAUAUUGUCUUCUUAGCUGAAAAUGUGAAACAAGUUCAUGAAGGAUUCCUGGAGAGUAAAGUGUUUGUUUCAAAUGAUACCAAUUCAUCAAGUCUGUGUGAGAGAAGAAGUGUUGACUUAAGGAUAUAUAUGCUUUGCUUUCUUCCAUUUCUAAUUCUUUUGGUCUUCAUUCGUGAGCUAAAGAAUUUAUUCGUACUUUCAUUCCUUGCCAACGUUUCCAUGGCUGUCAGUCUUGUGAUAAUUUACCAAUAUAUUGUUAGGAAUAUGCCAGAUCCCCACAACCUUCCAAUAGUGGCUGGUUGGAAAAAAUAUCCACUCUUUUUUGGGACUGCUGUAUUUGCUUUUGAAGGCAUAGGGGUGGUUCUUCCACUAGAAAAUCAAAUGAAAGAAUCCAGACGCUUUUCCCAGGCAUUGAAUAUUGGCAUGGGAAUUGUUACAACUUUGUAUGUCACAUUAGCUACUUUAGGAUAUAUGUGUUUCCGUGAUGAAAUCAAAGGCAGCAUAACUUUAAAUCUUCCACAGGAUGUAUGGUUAUAUCAAUCAGUGAAAAUUCUGUAUUCCUUUGGCAUUUUUGUGACAUAUUCAAUUCAGUUCUAUGUUCCAGCAGAAAUCAUUAUCCCUGGAAUCAUAUCCAAAUUUAAUGCUAAGUGGAAGCAAAUAUGGGAACUUGGGAUAAGAUCCUUCUUGGUUAGUAUUACUUGUGCUGGAGCAAUUCUCAUUCCUCGGUUAGACAUUGUGAUUUCCUUCGUUGGAGCUGUGAGCAGCAGUACAUUGGCCCUCAUCCUACCACCUUUGGUUGAAAUUCUUACCUUUUCUAAGGACCAUUACAAUAUAUGGAUGGUCUUGAAAAAUAUUUCUAUAGUAUUUACUGGAGUUGUUGGUUUCUUAUUAGGUACAUAUGUAACUGUUGAAGAAAUUAUUUAUCCUACUUCUAAAGCUAUACCUGACUCUCCCCAAAGUCCCUCUCUAAAUUUUAAUUCAACAUGCUUAGCUUCUGGUUUAAAAUAGGGGAUAAAGCAUUGUAUGUCUUUUACUUUGGUCUUAAUUCUGAAAACAAUCAAUAUAGAAAUUAGUGAAAUGCAUUGCCACAUACUUAAAAAUAGUACCAAACUCUCUUUUGUUUUGCCACAAUAUUGAUAGUUUGGUAUAAUUGAUAAUUCUUUACCAAUAGUAGUAAACUGCAAUAGAACCUUGGUUUUAAGUAUUAGCAAUAUUUUUUAAAAACUUAGUUUUUAAAAUAAAAAAAAAAUAUAUAAAAAUUAAGGAAUAGAAAUGUUUCUGUUCUUCCUCUCAGUAAGAAAUACUUAAACCAAGAUUUCUUUUACCUCCAUGCUAGUGUUUUGCCACCUUGUUGAAGAGAGAACAGAAUUUCAACAAGAAGAGAAAUAAGGGCAUAUAUACAUAAAUCUCUCCCCAGGCCUUCCCAGUGAAUGCCAAAGCAAACUUCAUGUUAAUGCAAAAAAAAAAAAAAAACCCACUUUGAUUACAUUUUUAUUAGACAAAUACUCCUGGGAACAGAAAAACUUCUAUUAACAAUAAUGUAAGCAACAGAAAAUCCCAAAAAUCCAGAAUUAUUUUUACAUGACACCAUUAUGGUAGUUGAUCUUCAUAACCACAUCAAGAGGCACUGUGUAAAAUUCUGACUUAAACAGUUUGAGUCAUAUUUGAAAGGGAUUCUAAAGGUUACUGGUACAACUCCCUUAUUUCUCAUGGAGGAAAUGAAUGUGCAGAAAGGUUAAGUUCAUUGGUCAAGAAUAAGAGAACCUGAUCCUCUGACUCUUAGACUAGGAUUUUUAAAAAUUCUCACAUCACAUUCAAGAGAAAGAAUAACUUAUGUUCAGUUGAACUUUAAUGUUGGGACUAUUUCAUGAUAUUUUGAUACUUUGAAAGUGGGAGUGUGAUCUAUGAAUAGUGUAUGUGACCUGAGCAGAAAAUUGGAGAACUCUAGAAGCCUGUUCUAUGGUUGUAUAAAUCUCAACAAGAAAAAGAAGCAUGUUCUUUUAAAUCAGAACAGAAACCACUUGCUUGCCUCGCUGUUGGUUGGCAGAAUGUACCCAGCUAUGCUAAUUGUGUCUUGCACUUUCCUCAUUGUGUGUGUGUGUAUGUGUUGUUGUUUGUUUCCUUUCCUUGGUUUUGUAGGCACUGUUUUCCUUAAUGGCAGAAAAUAGAUAUCUGACAAAAACAGGAUUUAUGGACUCUUUCAGCCCUGUGGUUUUCCUUUUCACAGCCUUUUAUUGAUCUGAACGAGCAGAAUGAAAGAACCGUAAGGGAUUUGUGCUUAGGAAAAAUCAAAACGAUAAUAAAUUGUCUAGUAGGUAUUAAGGCACUCCAGGCUUCUUCCAGAGAAAUACCUUCUAUUAACUCCAUAUUUUUCAAGCCCACUCAUUAACCAAAGGAGAAUCUCAGUUGAAGAAGAAGAGAAAAUUAUUAAGUUUAAAACAUUAAGAAUAGAAUUGUCUCUUGAUUUUUCAAAGAGUUUGUACUUUAAAACAUGAACUUUUACCAUGAGCCAGGUGAUACUCUAAUUUGUAAUAUACUUAAACAUAUUGUCAAGAUCACUGUAAAUAUUCUCUAUUUUUGUAUUUCAUUGUUAACUUAGUUCAAGUAUUUUUGCUUACAUCAUUAACUUGUCAUCAAUUAGUAGCCUAGAGAUAUAGCAGAAACUUUGUUUUGGUACAAAUUCAUAAGAAUCAAAAUUUUUGUCACACUUGCAUUAGGUAUCAACUGUAAUUGUGAUACUUUUAUAUCAAAUCUGUUACAUUGAGCCUUUCAUCAUACUAACAAUGUGGUUGAAGUUACAGGAAAAAUAGUACUCACUGGAAUGAAUAUAAUCUUGAAUCUAAGAAUAAAUUAGGUGUUUAAAAUUUUUAUAAUAAUAUAAAAUGGGUUAAAAUCAUUAUUUAUUGGAAAGAAAUAUUAGGUUUUUGUCAGCUGUCUUCAGAUAAUAUUUCAGUCUUUGAGUGUGAUUUUCUUUUUAUAUAUUCAUGCAUUUUAUUUUCCUUAGGGAAUUGAUCAAAUGCAAUGCAAUUUUGCAUAGUUGAUCAUAGUAAUAAAUUUCCAAUUCAGUACAUGCACAUUGUGAACAACCCGUCAACUAGGCUUUAUCUUAUGCAGUAAGCAUGGCGAAUCGACAUCCAAUGCUAAUACAAGAAAAAAUUGAAAUAGAGAAAUUCUUUGAUUCUUCAGAAGACACACACACAAAGUGUAAAUGCACUUAAUUAAGGAUUUUUUGUUAUCUUUUAUUUGCAAAAUAAUCAGUGUAUUUUUUCUGUGAAAAUUUGGUUAUAAUGAGUUAAAUAUUAGGUAACCUUUGGGGAAGAUACUUUGAAUAUUCCACUGUGCUAUUCCUUGAGGGGGCCUGGAGAAAUGAGAG